GGAGAUGGGCCGGGCCUGCAACGGGAGGAGCCGGGGUUUGUUCAGCAGGCAAACGAAGGAGGGUUAGUUCGAGUCCGUUCGUUUCGGGUAACGGAGGUUGUUUGGUUCAGUCGCUGAAUGCAGUGAAAAGUUUACGCAGCACAUCAGACAGUCGCUGUUUUCGUGAGCCGAGGAACAGUUGAGCAGACGGAUGAGCGGACAUUGUUUGUUUUUUCCUCAGGUGAGACUGGCAAUAGGUGUAGCCUAACGGUCACUGCAAAAAGUCCCUGCUCCUCUGUAAACAACAGAUUUGAGAUGAAGAUACCGGACGUCAUUCAAGCCCUCCUCUUGGUCCAAAUCCCUGCGGCCUUCCUCUCCACUGCUGUGUUGGCCCAGUCCGACAGCAGCACUGUGGUGGUUGCGGGCUACAACGUGAGCGCCCCCACUGGCUCUAAGGUGGUACUGCAGUGUGUGAGCGGGCGCAUGGUGUGGACCAGGGACAGACUGAAGGACAGACAGAGGGUGGUUCACUGGGACUUGUACCGCCCAGGGCCAGACUACGCCAUGGAGAGGGUGGCAGACAUGUUCUCUGCUGGAGACCAGCGCAUCUAUAACGGACACAACCAGGGGAGGGUCAGCCUCAGCCAAUCAGCUUUCAACGACGGAAACUUCUCCCUCGUCAUCAGAGACAUUGCGAUAAGUGACAGAGGCCUAUACUCCUGUAACCUGCACCAUCACUACUGUCACCUGUAUGAGACGAUCAGAAUACAGGUCAACGUCACCAAGUCACGUCGUAAGGAGCAGCGGUUCUGGGACGGUCAGAAAGCUGUGUUUGUGGUGUUGGUAGGCAGCACAGUGGUGUUGCCGUGUGUGAAUCGCCGCUCUGUGUGGACAGAAGAUGGCAGUGAGGAGGAACAGCAGGUGGUGCAUUGGGACCGGCAGCCUCCGGGUGUUCGUCACGACCGUGCAGACCGCCUGAUAGACCUGUACGCCUCUGGGGAGCAGCGCAGCUACGGACCCCUGUUCCUCCAGAGGAAGAUGAAAAUCAGCGCUGAGGCCUUCUCACAGGGAGACUUCUCUCUGGCUAUCUCUGCCCUGCAGCCAGGAGAUCAGGGUCUGUACACCUGUCACCUACAUCAUCACUACUGUGGUCUCCAUGAGAGAAGACAGUUUCAGCUCACCAUAGGACCACCUGAGCCUCGGGCUACUGUUGCCCCCAGAGCACUGCCCAACCAAGACAAGGAGGCCAGCAAGGCUGAGGCGCCACGUGUCAUCAACGUCAUCCUGCCCGAUCAGCGACAUCAUUUCCUGCUGCCCCUGGGCUACAUCCUGACCACACUCCUCCUCCUGGCCUUCAUUGUCCUCAUCAUCAUCAUUGUCACCCGCCGACGCAAGACCAAAGCGGUGGAGUUUUACCCACAGACAUCUUUGAGGUCAAACAGGGGUGAUAUGGCCACCAAUGAGUUUGAGAUGGAUGUUCCUGAAGUCAAGACGUGCAACCAGGAGGAGAAGAAACUAGACUACAAAAACAACCUGCUGAGGGAGAAGGUUCCGAUGUCCACCCUGCCCAAAGUCAUCGACCUGGACAAGGAGAUGGAGAAGGUGUAUUGGAAAUGAGAGGAGUCAGCUUGCCGCUGGCUGGUCCAGAGGCAGACACUACAGACACAGGCUGCAUUCCAAACCAACCCCUAGGCCCUCUGCUGCUGGUGUGCUGUAGGGAUGUCCACUCUACUCCACUAGUCCCACCUCUACAUUCCACCUCCAGCCUCUCACCCAGGACCCAUAACACAGUCAGACCCUUCACUCACAUCUGAUAACCACAAUGUGAUUGUAAAGCUUACCGUAUGCUUCCUAGUCGAAACAGUUUGCGCAUAUAUUAUGACAAAAUAUUGUGACGUUUUUGUUCAUACACACAAAACAUUUUCUUGAGGCAAGUCGAAGUUCGGUAGCCGAAGUCUACACCCUUUUUGUCAGUGAUUGUUCAACUGUACUACUCCUAGUAGGAGUGGGAACUAUGGAAGGGAUUCUUCAAUGAAGUGUUUGUUGUCAUUCAACGAGAGACAACUAGUUUUCAUGCACAUUUUUUCACUUGAGAAAUACUGCACCAAACAUCUUAGUUAGAAGUAAAAUUUUGCAACUAAGACCUCCUCGGCCAAAACGUCAAUUUAUUACAGAUUUCUUGAUUUAUCUUAGAUUAAUUCGGACUAUUUGUAUACUGGCUAUGUUGUUGCUACGGCGUCU